AUGGAGGCCAUCCUCGAUGAUAAAGGGCUCUUGCCCUGGAUUAAGGGCAAGAAGAAGAAGCCCGAGAUCCAAAUUGUCGGAGACCCCGAAGAGAUCCAAGUGCGUGAAGAUGAGAUCAAAGAAUGGGAAAAGAAAGACCAUUCCGCACGCACCAUUAUCACGAUCAAUCUCGGCAACAACCAGAUUGAGCAACGCGGGCAAAGCGGUAUCGAUUCUCUCAUUCGACGUCUCUACUGUACAUAUGCGGGCGAAGGAGACAACAUCGGGAAACAUAUGAAGGAGUUAUGCAAGAUCUAA